CAUAGCUGUGUGCCUGUGUAUCAAGCUAUCAGCUUGUAAAAAUUCCGAGCCGAGCUCGGGUAGUUUGCGAGUCUGGCUCAGCUCUUUUACACCCGUUAUUCCAAAAGUCCAAAACUCCCCCAACCAGAAUGUAAAUCCUCUGUUCACUCUUAAACUUCCCACUAAAACAUCACUAAUGUCAACUGCAAUCCUCCGGCGCGCAUUUACCCCACGCGCCACCUCUUCAACCACCGUCUCACUCUCCUCCAUCUUUUCCUCCUCUCCAACCCCCGACACCUCCGCCGUCUCUACCACCGUAUCAAUCCUAACCCGCCACCGCCGGAAAUCCCGGUGGUCCACUCUUCUCUCUCUCUCUUCCCCAACGGGUUCACCCCAUCUCAAACCUCCAAAAUCCUCCUCGAAAUCCGCAACAAUCCCCAUCUCGCCCUCCGCUUUUUCCUCUUCACCACGCGCCGCUGCCAUUCUCUCUCCUCCCUCCAUUCGUAUGCCACCAUUAUUCACAUCUUAGCUCGCGGUCGCCAAAAAGGCCGGGCUAAAUCGCUUAUUAAGUCGGCAAUUAGGGAGUUUGAUUUGAUGGGUGUUGAAGAUUCUGGAGAAUUUUGUGCGAAAAAGUGUAAGGUUUUUAGGGCUUUGGUUGAAUCUUACAGGGUAUGUGAUUCUGCCCCCUUUGUGUUUGAUUCAUUGAUUGUUUCCCUUUUAGAAAUGAAUAAAUUAGACCCAUGUAUUGAUAUUGUUAGGAUGUUACAUAAUCGUGGAAUUAUAGUUAAUGUUGGUACUUGUAAUGAGUUUAUUUCGAGUGCCUUGAAAACUAGGGAUUGUUUCUUUGGAUAUGAUUUGUAUAAGGAGCUAUUUAGGUGUGAGAAUGGUAAAUUAGUUCCAAAUGUACAUGUUUUUAAUGAUCUUAUGCUUUCGUUUCAUCGAAAUGGAUUGCUUGAUAUGGUGGAAGAGGUUUGGAUUGAGAUGGUUAAGUCGAAUUGCGAACCGAAUGCUUAUAGUUAUAGCAUUUUGAUGGAGGGUUAUUGUGAGGAAGGUGGUUUGGAGAAGGCUGAAAAGGUGUGGGAAGAGUUGAGAGUGAAGGGGUUGAAUCCUGAUGUUGUUGGUUAUAAUACAUUGAUUGGUGGGUAUUGUAGAAUGGGUGAGGUUGGGAAGGGUGAGGAGCUUUAUAGAGAGAUGGGAUUGCGAGGCGUGGAGGGAACUCGUGUUACUUAUGAACAUCUUAUAGGUGGGUAUUGUUUGGCUGGAGAUGCUGAUUCUGUUAUGCUGUUGUAUAAUGAUAUGCGUAGGAAGGGGUUCAAGACUGAUAGUUCAACUGUUGAUUCAAUGGUUAGAGUACUUUGUUGUAAGAGGUCAGUUUCGGAAGCUUUGGAAUUCUUCAAGGUUGCUAUGAAGAAUGCUGAUUUUGUUGCGAGAGAGUCAAGCUAUGAGUUACUGAUAAAGGGUUUAUGUGAUGAGGGAAAGACAGAGGAAGCCUUGAAACUUCAGGCACAAAUGGCAGGGAAGGGGUUUAGACCCAAGUCACAUGUAUAUGGUGCUUUUAUUGAUGGCUACUUGAAGCAAGGAAAUGCAGAUGAAGCAGAAAGUCUGAGGAAAGAGAUGAUGGAUAUGUAAGCUUACUGUGUUAAGAAUCAGGACUUAAAACACUAGUCGGACUGAAAACUGCCAUCGCUAAAGGUUAUAACAAAACCUCUCGGACCUUAGUAUCCUUAAGGAUGAUGUUUGUAAAUCUUAUAUGAAAUUUAAGAGUUGAUUCAAACAAAGCUUUCCCUUGAUAGGGUUGCUUCAUUUCUUAGUUUUGGCAGCUUGCACCCUGUUCAUGGAAAAACUUUCUAAAUCUAUUUCGAAGGUUGCUGCUAAUAUGUGGGUAGUUGUUUGCUAUGUACUCAGCUUUGGCGAGCCAAUCUUACUCUCUGGUAUACUCGGAGAAGUACCAAAGAUCUCUGGAUCUGAGCUAUAAGACUGAGUGGAUCCGAGGCUUAUGCUGUGUAGAUAGUUGACAUAUCGCUUGGCAAAGAAAUGGAUCAUGAAAGUAUGACAGUCUUAGAAGCAUGUUUCUUGAAGAAGGAUCCCAAAAUCUUAUCUUUUGGUGACAAGAUUAUUGUUGGUGAGAGGGGUAUCAAUUUGAGUGGCGUUUAGAAGCAAAGGAUUCGAAUUUCCUGUGCAUGGUUCCAGGAGGAUGCUGAUAUACAUCUGUUUGAUGAUCCUUUGGUGUUGUAGAUGCUCACACCCACAGUCAUCUUUUCAAGAUAUUAGCAGGUUGCUACUACGGCAAAUCUGCUUGGUCGGAGCAAUAUUUGAUUACGUGGUCUGUUUAAGCGUGGCAGGUUAAGCUUUUUUGAAAUGUUGCUACUUAUAAGGGGCUUGUUUAAUGAAUUCAUGAAGCAAAAUCAACUUGCUUAGAUGCUGGUCUAGUGGUACAAGUUUCUCCAGCAGUCAUGUUAGUUCUUCUGUUCUGUCCUUAUCGUCAAUCAAGACAUUCAAGAGUGAUGUAAGAGUUGUAAUAUAAAGCUUUCAAGCCCACCAUUCAGCAACUGCUCCUGUUAACUUACAGGAGCAUAUCUAGAAUAGAAAGAAGAAUAUGGUUGAAAGGACAGUUCAUUUUACUACCAAAACUCCGAGGUCAAAUAGUGAAAAUUGCUUUCGGCUAGUACUUGCUUUGGAUUGUAUAAGCCAACCAACUUUGCCAAAAAAAUUAUUGGCUUUGGUUUUGUUUUUGCCUGUAUUACAGCUAAUUUAGCCACAACAUACAUGAUUAAUACAAAUUUAAUUUCUAAAUUAACACUGCAAGAAGGUAGAGUUAAAAACACAGUAUUCUUCGCCAAGUAGCUCCCAUUAUAGCACAAUGAAAAAAUAAAGAAA